AUGGCUAUGAGGUCAGAAGGAGAUCUUACUACUACGACGGCAACACCCGAGACGCAAUCGCAAUUUGAGCUUGAGUCUAGGGACCGAUGGAGUGAGGAACGGGAAUUUGAGUCGUUACUUCCACCAUGUGAUGGAGGCAAAGAUGCAUGGAGUUUCCUCGCUGCGGCGUUUGUGAUUGAGAUUAUGGUUUGGGGCUUCCCUUGGUCCUAUGGUAUCUUUCAAGAGUACUAUAGUACCACGCUUCCCUUCUCCGGCGCGUCUGGUAUCCCUGCCAUUGGUACUUCCGCAAUGGGUAUCCUUUACAUGGUGGCGCCUUUCACUUUUGGCUCCCUGAUUCGCUGGCCUCGGUACAGACGACACGCUAUGAUCGUUGGACUUCUCAUCAUGUGUCUCUCCCUGGGAUUGAGCUCAAUCUGUCAAACGGUCCCCCAACUCAUCGUCACUCAAGGCAUCUUCUACGGAAUCGGUGGCGCAGUGACAUACAGUCCAGUCGUCACAUUCCUCGACGAAUGGUUCGUUCACAAGAAAGGGCUCGCAUUCGGCAUCAUGUGGGCCGGCACAGGACUCGGUGGUGUAGUUGUCCCGCUGUUACUUCAAUGGUUGCUAGACACAUACGGCUUCCGCACCAGUUUACGUAUCUGGACACUCGCCCUCUUCCUCAUCACACUCCCAUUAACAUUCUUUCUGAAACCACGGCUACCCGUUCCAGCAACCAAUCGCGCACGCAUAACCUUCACAUUUCUGCGCAACAAGACCUUUUGGAUCCUACAAGCCGGAAAUGUAAUGCAAGGACUUGGAUUCUUUGUUCCAUCAAUUUACCUACCCACCUACACAAAAAGUCUCGGCUUCAACAACACAAUCUCUACUUUGCCCAUCAUUCUUAUCAAUAUCGCCGCUGUUAUCGGAUCCAUCAGUAUGGGCACCAUCGUCGAUCGUACACAUGUCACGACCGCGAUCCUCAUCUCCACCGUCGGCGCAAUGUUAUCUAUAUUCCUCAUCUGGGGCUUCAGUACCUCAUUGCCGCCACUGCUCGCUUUCUGCUUCAUGUACGGCCUUUUUGCCGGUAGCUUCACGAAUACAUGGCCGGGAAUCCUGCGGACGGUACAAAGGAGUACAGGGCAGAUGGAGAGUUCGAUGGUGUAUUCUUUCCUGUCGCUGGGGAGGGGUGUUGGGAAUGUGGUUUCGGGACCGGUGAGUGAGGCACUCAUGAAGACGGGUAACGUAGGUGGAAUGGGGCUGUAUGGAACGCAGUAUGGAAGUUUGGUGAUUUGGACCGGGAUUAGUGCUGCACUUGGGGGUAUUAGUAUCAUUGGUAGGAGAGUUGGAUGGCUGUAA